AUCAGAAAUAGUUAAGCAAUUUCCUUCGGACCGAUAGACAACAUGUCUUCCCUAAAAGAAAUUGUUAUGAUGUACCAAAGUUUAAAGAGAGAAUGGGACAAGAAGCCCCCAAACUUAGACCGUUGUGGAGAGUUGCUGGCUAAACUGAAGGUUGCCCUGACUGGUGUGAUGUUCCUCCCUACAGAUGAUUCCUCACCCACCAAACAGGAACUACUUGUUGCACGUGAUAUAUUAGAGAUUGGAGCACAAUGGGCCAUCUGUAAACAUGACAUACCUGCUUUUGAAAGAUAUAUGGCACAACUUAAAUGUUACUACAUGGACUACAAGGACAACCUGCCAGAGUCCACUUAUAAAUACCAGUUGCUAGGCCUCAACCUCCUCUGUCUACUGGCUCAGAACAGGUUGGCAGAAUUCCACACUGAGCUUGAGCUUUUACCGGUGAAGGAACUACAGAACAACAUCUAUAUCAAACAUCCAGUGUCUAUGGAACAGUAUCUGAUGGAGGGCUGCUACAAUAAGGUAUUUUUAGCCAAAGGAAAUGUACCAGCAGAAAAUUACACAUUCUUCAUAGACAUUUUAUUGAACACCAUCAGAAACGAAAUAGCCAGUUGUAUAGAAAAGGCCUAUGAGAGGAUAGCUUUGGGAGAAGCUGCUAGAAUGCUGUUUUUUGAGUCGCAAAAACCCAUGAGAGAGUAUGCUGUGAAGAGAGGUUGGACAGUCUCCUCAGACAACUUCUUCCGCUUUUCUGUAUUUGAACAGAAAGACACAGAUGAAUCCAUACCGGCCAUGCAGCUUGCAGAACAGACGAUAGAAUAUGCACGAGAACUAGAAAUGAUUGUAUAGUGAACAUGUUGUAGGAGAAAUAUUAAUAUUAUAAAAAUCAUUAAAAUGUGUUCAACACAGUGUUGUGAUGGUACAUACUUUAAUGCAGGUAGCAGAUUCCUAGUCCUACUUUACAACACCAGGGCCCAUAGCACUUGCUUUCUGCCCUGCGAGUACUCAACAAAAUCUCUGUAACGAGCAGCUAAUGGAUACCUAUGGUGACAGAGUAUUUUACAGUGUACCAGUGUUUCUGUCAGUCUGAUGGAGACUAUUCAAACUCCGAUUUCUGUGUGGAAUGAUAAAAUUUUAUGAGACAAGGGCAUUUUAAAAUGCAUUGCAUUCUCCUUUAAAAGUCUGGAACCCACACCAAGGAAUAGGAAUGACUUGACUAGACAUUUGCGUUGUGUAUAUCGAUGUUUGUGUGUGUGUAAGAGAGAGAGAAUGUUGAAAGUUGUUUACAACUUGUACUACUUGUACUAGGCAGUCAUCACAUUUAAUUGCACUGAGAUGCAAUCUGCAGACAUUCAUUUAUAUUGUGAAUCUUACGUUGUAUGCAAAUACAUAUUACAAAAUGAACUCCACGUCACUCACAGUCGAAUGACAUCUGGGAUUAAAACAUAAAAACUUGUGGAUUGUUAUACUGUACCAAGUAAUGAUUAUAACACACAGAAAAGCUUAAUACAGGUUAAUAUUUGGUGCAUUAUUUUCAUCGGUUUGCACUGAUGUAUCAUUUUCAAUUAAAAAGUAUUCCUUAC